AUGAUUUGUGAAAAUGUUUUGCACGUGUGUUUGAAAUAUCAAUAUAUAAUUAAGUAUUGGGAAAAUUUUUAACAAUGGAGAAAUGGACUAUAUCUGCGGCUUUAAAUCUUCUUGCAGAUGGUGAUGAAUAUCUGACUUCACUUUUUUCCAAGUAUUUGAAUAGACAGCUUUGGAGUAAUGAAGAAUCUCAAGAGAUAAUUAAUAAACUUUCCAAUGUUUUGUUGAAUGAAAACUAUACAACAAAAGUAGCAGAGCUGUUUUCUCCAGUACUACUUGAACUUCUCUCUCAAGCCAGUAGUUUUUUGGAUGGUUCUGCUGACUGUUAUCUGAGACAUGAAUGGCUUUGUAUAUGCUUAUCCAAACUUAUUUGGAUCUAUCCUGAAGUUGGACGGUUCACAAGGACAUAUUUUGAGAAGAAAAGGCAGUUAUUUUGGAGAUAUGAAAAUGUUGAGCAACCUCCAAAUAAAAAACAAAAAACUUCUCGUGGUAACGUACCACAGCUAUAUCAGCUUUUAAAAGCUGGCUAUCUCUUUUUGAUUUAUGAUGCAUCAUAUUUCAAAGGUUUGUGGUCUUGGAGUAUUAUUGUCCAGUUUCUAAAAGAUUCUGAUGUCAGAGCAAGAUGGUAUGCACAUCGCUGUCUUGGUCAUGUUGCAAAUAUUAAAGAUUCAAAUUUAUAUGAAAUAUUUGAAAAACAUUUGUCACGUGAAGAAUAUGCAGCUUGUGCCAGAGAAGCAUUUGAAAUUAAUACAUUUUGGAAUCGAAAAUCAUAUGAUCCUAGACAGAUGCAGCUCUCUUACAACUUUGAACCAGAAAUUUUUUCAGAUGUUGUAAGACUAACUGUCAAUGUGUGUGGUGUUCUUUUAAGCAAGGUUAAUGAAACUGAAGUUACAACCGAUUCCAAACUUGUUUAUGUUACAAGCACUUCACAAGUAAUGAAAUCCCUAGCAUUGGCUGUGUCAUCUUCAGAACCUGUUUUGUUGCAAGGCCCUGUUGGAUGUGGAAAGACAUCUCUAAUUCAAGAAAUAGCUUCAUUGAUUGGUAGACGUCCCGUGGAAAAUUUUCUGAAAAUACAGCUUGGUGAUCAUGUAGAUAGCAAGAUGCUGUUGGGUGCUCAUGUGUGUACAGAUAUUCCAGGGCAGUUUGUUUGGAAACCUGGUAUUUUAAUCAAAGCCAUGACUGAAGGUCAUUGGUUGCUUUUAGAGGAUAUUGAUUGUGCUCCAAUGGAUAUUAUCUCACUUUUAAUUCCUGUUCUGCAGUCUAGAUCUAUUACUUUACCUGGUCAUCCAAAACCAGUUAAAGCAGCUCCAGGAUUUCAGUUAUUUGCCACAAAAAGAUUUAUAACUGGAUCUUAUGGAUGUUAUUUGGAAGUGAAGAAGAAUGCUGAUUUAAUCGACAAACAGUGGAGAAAGCUGAUAGUUAAGUCAUUAUCAGAUGAUGAGCUUACUCAAGUUAUAUGUUCUAAGUGGCCUGUGCUGAAGAUUUUUACUCCUCAAAUUCUGUCUGCUUUUAAUAAACAUCUUUUUGAUAUAAAAGAUGCUAAAACCACCCAUCCACCUGAAUCUAUGAAUAAUUCUUGUAAGUUUGGGAGAACUUUAACAUUGAGGGAUUUAUUAAAAUACUGCAAUAGAAUUGCUGAAAAUUUUAACAAGACAAAAGACGAAACCAAAGUAAAUGCUCUGAGACACGCCAUAGAUUGUUUGGCUGAUAACAUACCAAAUCCUGAGCACGAAUUAAGAUAUAUACAUUACAUUUGUGAUCGUUUUGGUCUUGAUCGUAGCAAGGGUGAUUACUUCUUUCAUAAGCAUAAACCAAAUAUUGAGAACUCUUCUGAUUCAGUUUUAAUAGGCCAAAUUUGUCUUCCAAAGAAGCCAAGUGAAAUUAAAUUUACAAGAGUGCAUGCUAGUACUUUUGCUCACACUCGUCAAGCAUUGGCAUUGUUAGAAAAAGUAGCAACUUGUGUGAAACAUAAAGAACCAGUACUUUUAGUUGGAGAAACAGGAACUGGGAAAACUUCAAUAGUUCAGUACCUUGCUGAAUUAAUUAAUCAAAAAUUAACUGUUAUAAAUAUGAGUCAGCAAAGUGAUUCUGUAGAUCUUGUUGGAGGGUACAAACCUGUUGAUUUAAUGUAUGCAAUUCGACCCGUUAAGGAGGAAUUUGAGCAACUUUUCCCAUUAACAAUGAAUGCAAAGGAAAAUGCCAAGUUUCUUGGGCAUAUAGCAAAUUGCUAUAGUAAAAAAGCAUACUACAAAUUAAGUGCUCUCAUGCUUUAUGCCCAGAAGAAUAUUGUGAAUCUCUAUGUUUCUAAAUAUAUGCCUCAUGGAAAAUACUUGGAUUUAAUUAGUCAAUGGGAGAAAUUAGGUGAAAAGAUCAAGCACUUGCAAGAUCAGAUAAAGCAAGGAAAGCCCACUCUUGCAUUUCAGUUUAUGGAGGGGGCUCUUGUCAAAGCUAUGAAGAAUGGAGAAUGGCUGUUGCUUGAUGAAAUUAACUUAGCUGAAGCUGAAACUCUAGAAUGUCUUGUUGGUGUUUUGGAGCAAGAUGAUUCUCUAAUACUCUUAGAGAAAGGUGAUAAUGAACCAGUUAAAAGGCACCCUGAUUUUCGUAUUUUUGCCUGCAUGAAUCCUGCAACAGAUGUUGGCAAAAAGGAAUUACCAAUUGGUAUAAGGAACAGAUUUACAGAAUUUUUUGUUGAAGAAGUUUCAAACGAAACUGACCUAUUGAUACUUGUACAUGAAUACCUUAAGACUUUAUCAGUGAACAACAAAGUAAUUGAAAAUAUAGUGAAGUUUUAUAAAAAGAUUAAAAUUGCUGCUUCCAAAACGUUAAAUGAUGGCAGUGGAUAUCGUCCUCAUUACAGUUUGAGAACACUUUGCCGUGCUUUGAGAUAUGCUUCUUCUAAUCCAUGCCACAAUGUUCCCAGGUCAUUAUAUGAAGCAUUUUGUCUAAGUUUCUUGUCACAAUUGGAUAAUCCAUCUCAUCACUAUGUAACAAAAGCAAUCCAAGAAUGUUUGCUUGGGGACAGAUUAUCUGUCUUAAAACAAAGCAUUCCUGAACCAGGGAAUGGAAGUUUUGUUCAAGUGGCUGGAUACUGGAUUCUAAAAGGCACACAAGAGCCAUGUGAGCCAGAAAAUUAUAUAUUUACUAAAACUGUUCAAAGAAAUCUUCAUGAUUUAGCUCGGAUUGUUUCAGCAGGGCGUUUUCCUGUUCUCUUACAAGGAGAAACAUCUUCUGGUAAAACUAGUCUUAUACAGUACCUUGCCAAAAUUACAGGAAAUGUUUGCCUUAGAGUAAAUAACCAUGAACAUACUGACAUCCAAGAAUAUGUUGGAACUUACGGUGCAGAUGCGAGUGGCAAGCUAGUUUUUAGAGAAGGUAUAUUGGUUGAGGCUAUGAGGAAAGGUUAUUGGAUAAUUUUGGAUGAACUGAACCUUGCCCCAACUGAAGUCAUGGAAGCAUUAAAUCGAGUCUUGGAUGACAAUCGAGAGCUUUUUAUAUCUGAGACUCAAGAAGUAAUCAAAGCUCAACCUGGUUUUAUGAUUUUUGCAACCCAGAAUCCUCCUGGACAUUAUGGAGGCAGAAAGAUUUUAUCUAGAGCUUUCAGGAACCGUUUCAUUGAACUUCAUUUUAAUGAAAUCCCUCCUCAUGAGUUGGAAGUCAUUUUAGAGAAGAGAUGUAAAUUAUCUCGUUCUCACAGCAUAAAACUUGUUGCUGUCAUGCACGAGUUGCAGAUGAGACGUAGAGAAAGUGGUGUUUUUGCUGGUAAGCAAGGAUUUAUAACUUUGCGUGACUUGUUUCGCUGGGGUGAAAGAUAUAAUCAUGCUAAGCCGCCAGUUACUGGAUUUUAUGAUUGGGAUCAGCAUUUGGCAGAUGAAGGUUAUUUGUUAUUAGCUGGUAAAGUACGACAUCCUGAAGAAGUUCUUGUCAUUCAAGACGCAAUACUGAAGCAUUUAAAAAGAAAAACCAAUCCUGAGACUCUCUUUACUUUAAAUGGGAACACAUCUGUAACUACAAAACAUAUCUUGCAGACAAUCCUUGGGACUCAUUUGCAGCCACCACUAACUAAUAUUGUUUGGACUGAACAUAUGAGACGUUUGGCUGUACUUGUUGGAAAAGCAAUGCAGUUUAAUGAACCAGUUCUUUUGAUUGGCAAUACUGGAUGUGGUAAAACAACUAUGUGUCAAAUCUUUGCCCAAAUGUGUGGUAAAGAACUGUAUUCUGUAAAUUGUCACAUGCAUUCUGAAAGUGCAGAUUUUUUGGGUGGACUACGGCCUGUCAGAGAUGUUAAAGAAAGAGAAACAAAGUUAUUUGAGUGGGCUGAUGGGCCAUUGAUUAAAGCUAUGAAUGAAGGAAGUUAUUUUCUUUGUGAUGAAAUAUCAUUGGCUGAUGAUUCUGUCCUGGAGCGAUUAAACAGUGUUCUUGAACAAGAGCAAAAAAUACUGUUAACUGAAAAAAACACGGAUGUCAGUAUGAAUUUAGAGAUUAAAGCAAAAAGAGGAUUUCAUUUUUUUGCUACUAUGAACCCUGGUGGUGAUUAUGGCAAAAAAGAGCUUUCUCCGGCCCUCAGAAAUCGUUUUACAGAAAUUUGGUGCCCAAGUAAUAUUUCGAAAAAGUCUGACGUGAUAGAAAUUGUUGAACACAACAUUAGAGCUGAUUUGCAACCCAAAGAAGGGAGAAAAAGUUUAAAUUAUGGUGAAAAAAUUGCAAAUUUUUUGUGUUUUUAUAGUCAGCUACCUUUUGGAAAAAUGGCUACCAUAACUGUAAGAGAUAUUUUAACUUGGGUAGAAUUUAUCAAUGUUACUGCAGGUAAAAUACUCCCCCCACUUGAGGCUUAUCUUCAUGGUGCUAUUCUUGUAUUUUUGGAUAGCAUUGGUUCAGGUCCAACUGCUGUUAAUAAUCCAGAAUUUCUUAUUGAAAUAAAGAAAAAAUGUUUUAAGUUUCUUGGAUCACAAAGUGGCAGGACUUUUGAUAUAAAUACAGUUUGCUUGUUGAUGCCUGAUGGCACUGAAGCGUUUACCAAUGUACCUAUUGGAAUGUUUAAAGGAGGGUUUGGAAUUGAACCAUUUCUCAUUGAGUGUGUUAAGCAGAAAGGAGAUCAAAAGAAGUAUAUUUUGGAAGCAAGAGUCACAAAGGCGAAUAUUUUACGUCUUCUUCGUGCAAUGCGGUUACCAAAGCCUAUUCUUCUAGAAGGUAGUCCUGGAGUAGGAAAAACUAGUAUGGUUGAAGCCUUAGCAAGAGCAUCAGGGCACAAAUUAGUGCGAAUUAAUCUUUCUGAGCAGACGGAUGUAUCUGAUCUCUUUGGUGCUGAUUUACCAGUUGAAGGUGGGAAAAUGGGGGAAUUUGCUUGGCGAGAUGGACCACUACUGCAAGCUUUGAAAAACGGACAUUGGAUUUUACUUGAUGAGCUAAAUUUGGCAUCACAAUCUGUUCUCGAAGGACUGAAUGCUUGCCUGGAUCACAGAAGUGAAAUUUAUAUUUCAGAAUUAGGGCUAACAUUCCACGUAAAUAAAUCGUCCGUAAGAAUCUUUGCUUGCCAAAAUCCUUAUCAACAAGGUGGCUCACGGAAGGGUCUUCCUCGAUCCUUUUUAAAUAGAUUUACACAAGUUUACAUGACCCCAAUGGAUAGCAAUGAUUUCUUUAAAAUUGCACAUGCUAUGUAUCCUGAUAUUCCAAAAGCUUUGUUGUAUGCAAUGAUUGCAUUCAAUAAUGAGAUUGAUUCACUAGUGAAUAAGCAAAAAGUAUGGGGACUUGAAGGAUCUCCUUUUGAAUUUAACCUACGUGAUAUAUUUAGAUGGUGCGAAGCAAUUGUACGUAGCCAGAUGAGAGGAGAAUACAACAUUGGAGAAUUUGUUAGAUUGAUUUAUGCUGACCGUAUAAGAAAUCCCACAGAUAAAAGUCAGGUGUUUUUGCUCUACAAGCAUGUCAUGAAUGCCAAAGGACUAUCUCCCGAACAUUUCGUUAUGCAGCGUCCUUUAGAUUUAAAUGUGUAUGAAGAUUCAGUUCAGUUAGGAAAUGCAUCAAUUAAAUGUGUUGGCAGGAGUGUUGUUGACACAAAUAUGACUGCUGUGCCAUCUUCGCAUUUACCUAUUCUGGAAUCAAUAAUGAAGUGUGUUGAAAUGAAUUGGAUGCCCAUCUUGGUUGGCUCUUCUGGUAGUGGGAAAUCGUCAUUGGUUCGUCUUCUAGCAGAGUUGUGUGGUCAGCGAUUGCAAAUUCUAUCUGUCAAUUCUGAAAUGGACACAAUGGAGCUUUUGGGAGGUUUUGAACAGGUUGAUUUGAAUCGAAAACUUGAAUUAAUUGAUCAAGAUCUGGAGCCUGUUGUACGAGCAGCUGUUCUUCAUUGUAUACAUCCAUCUGCCAUAGGUCACACAACUAAUCGCCUAGACGAUAUAUUAGCUCAUGCACAUUUCUUGUCUAACAUACAAUCAAACACUUCCUUAAAAGUGAUAGCACGCCGUUUGCUGGAUUUGAUUGAUGUCCUGUCUGAGCUGCAUAUCCCUAGAACAAAAAAUGUGUUGUCUAACUGCAGAAAAAUUUUGAAUGAUCUGGGUAAGAAAAUCAAUAUGGGCUCCUCAUCAACUGGAGGACAGUUUGAAUGGGUUGACAGUGUUUUGAUUGAUGCUGCUACUCGAGGCCAUUGGCUUCUGGUCGAUGAUGCUAAUUUUUGCAGCCCAUCUGUUUUGGACAGAUUAAAUUCACUUUUAGAACCAAAUGGUGUACUUACUAUUACUGAGCAAGGUGUUGUUGGAAAAGAAUUGCGUACAAUUACUCCUCAUCCUGAUUUCAGAAUAUUUUUGACUUUGGAUCCCAGAAAUGGAGAAAUCUCUCGAGCUAUGCGUAACAGAGGUGUUGAAAUUUAUGUAACUCCAGUUAAUGUGGAUGCUUUACAAUGGAGGUCUCUCCUGAAUUUAGGCUUGCUUACUCAAUGCAAAGGCCUGAACCACUCAGCUAUGACUUAUCAUUUAUAUACAUUGCACAAUCAUAUGUAUGAGGACAUGGGUUCAUUUUCUCUGUGUGAUUUCCUUAGUGCUGUUUCUUUGUAUGUUCAGCUUAUUCAAAGGAAUGUUGAUACAAAAUCAGCAUUUAUACAGGCUGGCUUGACAGUAUAUAUGAGGUAUACUGGCAACGGCAACAGUAAAUUGCAAUUUCUGAGACUAAAAUGUUGGCCGAAUUACAAAGCUGUCCAGGAUUGCCACGCCACCGAGAAAACACAGGGAAAUUCGAAAAUGUUCAUAAAAACCGGGAAAAUGCAGGGAAUGGUUACUACUGAAUUCAUAAGAAGGAUUGCUCAAAAAUGCCCAACUUUAAAUAAAGAUUUAUGUCUUCCUCUUACAUCUCUGUUGCCAACUAGUAUUGAUUAUCGUCAUAACUCAGUUUGUGCAGCAGUGAAACAACAUGCUUUUGUUUUCUCAUAUUUCAUGAGUCAUUUGAAGAAUCUUGUUAGGAAUGUCCAAGAAGUGGAUGUGCAAGAAGCUUAUUUCCCAUAUCCAGUUCCCACUUUCAGCCAAAAAGGAGAAGGAGUGUUCAAGGACAGGUUUUUCUGUAUUAUACGUCUAAUGAUGGAGUCAUGCUCUGUCCAAUUAUUCAGAUUAUUGGAUGUUUGGCUGCAGUACUAUUUAGAACAAGAAAUCCAAAAUGAGACUUUUUUUGAUGUGAAACAACUUAUGAAGAUGUGUUUGCAACUGAAAAAUGUACUCUCUGAGCAACUCAGUGAUCCUAUAGUUUUGGAAUUGAUUGAUGUUGUUGCAAACAUUUGUGAUCAUUGUGGUUUUACUGAAGUGAAAAAGAGUGAAAUAUCUAUUGAUCCCAGAUGGAAACCAAACAUUUACAGAAAACUAAUCUUUAAAUUUAAACAGAAUUGUGUUAGAGGAGGUAAUGUUAACUUUGAUGAAGAAGCUAAUAUGAUUGAUUUCAAGGUCUCCUGUUGUGCCAACAAAUUUAGCCUCCUUUUAUUGUUACGUACUAUGGAGUUUAGUCACUCCUUUAUCGGAAUAAACCCACAUUUGUGCUCUCUCGUUCAAACUGAGAAGGUGUCAAAACUUUUAGAAGAAAGGAAAAGGAAUGCUGUUGUUGUUCACAACAUUCAUGGUUUCCUUGAAAAUGUUCCUCAUAUCCUUUUGGGGGUACUGAAAAAGAUGGAUUGCCCUGAUGACUAUUAUUGGAAACUUCGAGAUAUUUUGUCUUCUUAUUAUGCUUGUCGUCGAGUAUGUGAAGAACCCUUUGCAGAAAGUGCUGUUUAUGGUCAAUUGCUUCAUUUUUCUACUCACUUCUACUGGUUAUGGAAGAAAAUAAAGAAUAUCUAUGAAUCAGAGGAGGACAUUCCAUCAUCAUUACAGAAUUGUUUCAAGGCUGUUGAUAACUGCCUGUCUUUCAAAAAUAAAGAAAUAAUGUUUCGAUCAAGGUUUGGAAAGAAGUCCAAUUAUCCACUUGGUUUUGUUCAUGAGAAAGCAGCUGAAGCAUACUGCUCUGCUUUAGAAGUUUAUAAACAUAUAUCCCUAUUGCCUCGACUGAAACUCAAAGAACUGAAUUUAAAUGACAUUAAAGUUAUUGUCUUAAAUAAAAGAUCUUGGAUGUCCGUUUUAUCUAGUCAAGUUUAUGAAAGCGUUUUUAGCUCAUUAUUGGAAAGCGUGGAUCAUUAUCAAGGUGUGAAUAAAAUUAAGGAUAUUAAGUUGCAGCUGCAUGAAGCAAAUUUGAUUUCUGAAGAGAAUGAUGACAUCAUGGAAAUUUGCCAAAAUCCAGCUGAAAUACCUCAUAUUUCCAAUGAAAAAUUGGCGGCUCAGAUUCAACUUAUGCCUCUUUUGGAUUAUAUCUUCAAUAUAUAUACUGCAGAGAUAUUUACUCAACGUACCUUGGAUAUUGAUAAGCGUGACAUAAUUAUUGAUACUAGGAUAUUGUAUGGACUUGGUGUUGAAGAUAUUUGUGUCAAUCCAAAACACUUGGCUCAUAUAUUUCGAUACUACAUUAAAGACACUGAUUUGAAAAGUGACUCAUUUAAGGAAGUGGAUGUUCUCUUAAUGGCAUCAUUUCUCAUCCAUAUAAGACAGGGAUUUUCUUCACAAGGACUGAAUUUCCUUCAUAGCCAGCUUACUGCAGGCAGCAAUGGAGUUACAAUCCUCACACCAGAAAUAGAAUGGAAUACACGGAGCAUCUGGUCAAAGCAAGUUCCACUAUUAACUUAUAUAUGUGCAUCCAUAAGUGAAUGUUCUUGUGAUACUAUUGAGUGCCAUUCACCUCUUAGAAAGUUUGAGGGGAAAGUUGAACAGCUGGAAUUUAUGAAAUCGAUACUUUGGAACAACUAUGAAAAGUUGACUAGCCCUCGCCAUUCAGUAAGGUCAAAUAUAUACCACUUGGUUAAUUUGUGGUUUGUCAACUUAGUCCAUGGAGUAGCAAAGACUGUGAAUUACAAGAUUAAUGACUUAACUAGUAUUGAGUGUCUGAAAAAAAUAUUUGAGGAGGCAGGCGUUUCUUCUUUAGCCGUAUCAGCAAAUGGAACUGAUGUAUUUACCCUUGCUUUCAAUAGUUUUAAUGAAUUAAAUGCUGCAAUCGAAGAAAAUGAAGAUGAUUCUAGAUUAAUGUGGUUAUCUUGUAAAGCCUAUGUUUAUGUUGGUCUUCUCACUGUAAUGUUACUACUACCUCGGGAUGCCAUUGAUCCUUCUUUUCGACGAACAGUUAAAGCAAAUUAUUAUGAGAGCAAGGUGCAAGAAUACAUAACUGAGGAAGGAAUUCGAAAUUGGAUGUUUCAAGUACUUAGUGGAAUAACUCUUGAAGAAGUUACUAAAUGUAACUGCACACCUCAUCUCAAAAAUCUGUUCAAGGAACGUGAGGAAACAAAGAAGAUUCUAUAUGCUUUGAAUAAGAAAGUAGUGUGCAGGCAAGAUGAUAUGUUUGAAGAGAUUAAGGAUGUUUUAUGGGCCUGCAUGAGAGACAUUUGUUGUCCUGACAAUAUAAUAAACAUCAUGGCACAAAUAGACCGAAUUAUCCACAAUACUGCUCCAGAGAAAUGGUCAAAGGAGCAUGAUGUCCUUCUAAGAGCACAAACUCUUGCUGAGAGUCAAAGGCAAUUUAUUGAACAAAAUGCAAGAAAGUACUGGUCUUAUGAAGACUUAACUAUGCCUUUCUACCUUGGAAUUGAACAGAUUAUAUAUGGUUUGCAAUUAGCUAGACAGAUAUUUCUUCUACAGGAAAUGGAUAUGCAAUUAUUCCAAAAUACGCAUUCCCAAAGCAUAACUACUUUCCUUUCCCAGUUCAUUUCAUUUCCUGUUGAUAUUAGAUAUAAUCCCCUUGAUAUGGCGGGUCUUCUUCUAGAUACUGACAACAUAAAUUCAUUUAAAAAUCUUCUGUCCAUCUGUAAAGUUUCUGAAAUAAGAGCUGCUCGAUGCAUUUCUAAGCUUUUAAAAUCAGGGGUUCUUGAAAUUACUAAUGAAAUCCGUAUGAGGCCACUUUGUUCUGAUACUGUAAAGCAUAAAGUUUUCACUCUAUUGUCAUCUGCAAUGGCAUUCUUUUGGGAUGCAUGGAAUUUGCAACAAAUUCAGAUAAAACAAAAGAAAGAAGAGGAGGAAAGUCUUUAUAUUCAUAAGGAGAAACAUCAUGAAGGUGAACUGACAGAAGAAGAAGCCAUUGAAAAAAAGAUUCAGGACAGUUUCCCAUCUUUUAGAAAAGCAUAUUCUGAUUGUCUUGGCUCAAAUGAAGACAUUGAAGAAAAUCCAUUAGAAAACUUAGCUGAAAGUCUGCUUUUAACACCAGAUGAUACUUUUGAAAUAUGGCAGCUUCAUGCCACUGUGAUGUCGAUUAUGAUGCAUGAUGGGCUGAAAAAUGCAGAUGAAAAUAUGAAGUGGGUGCUAAAUAAGUCUAAAACCUUGGAUUUCAACACUCCCUAUCUCUUGAGAUACGAAGUUGUAUGUGAAAUUAUUAAAUCUAUACCUGAUAAAAUGGACGGUGCUCUGGACAGUCAGCUGAUUGCUGGACAUUUGCUAAUGUGUAAUGAACUGCAAAAGAUUCAGCAAAUAGGAAAUCAGUUUUAUGAUAUUUACCAUAGUCCAAAUCCAGUGGAAACUCUUACAAUCAAGCCAAUAUUAUUUAAACUGGAAAAUCGUUUAAAAAUACUAUUAAAAAAGCAUCCAGAAGAUCCUCUCUUACUUCAGAUUUUGAAAUUGGUCGAGCGUGUUUUUAGCUUUCCAAUAACUGAUCCUCUUAUGAAGUUUGUUGUUGGAUUGGAACUUAUACUUGAAUCAAUGCAGUCAUGGAAAGAUAUUCUAAAAGAAGAAAGAGAAACAAUUAGCAAAAAAAUAAUAGAGUAUAGGUCAUUGGAAUUAGAUGGGUGGAAAAGAGGUCUUGAUUCUGUUAUUCGAAAGCAGUAUGUAAAUUGUUCAAAGUGGUGGUUUCAUCUCUAUGGGUUGAUUAAUAACUUAACCAAGGAUCCUGAAAAGAAGGAAACAUGCGAUACUGUAAUAGAUGCUCUUAAACAAUUCUUAGAAGACUCGCCUUUGGGAGAAUUUUCUGCUCGAAUUAGCCUCCUACAUACUUUCCUUCAGCAUACUAAAUUAUCACAAACUCUACCUUCUUAUAGAAAAUUGUCAGAGCUACUUUUCAAUCUCUAUUGCUAUUAUGAACAAUUCUUGCCUAAUGUCAACAAUCGCAUUGCACAAAUAAGAAAACCAAUUGAUAAAGAACUGAAGGAUUUUGUAAAAAUAGCUCGAUGGAAUGAUAUUAAUUUUGAUGCUUUGAAACAGUCUGUUAAAAAAUCGCACAGUUUUGUUGUAAAGCAUGUAAAAACAUUCGAGGAUGCUUUGAAAGUGCCUGCUAAGGAAGUAUUUGACAUCCCAUCCAAAGCAGACUCUGAAAAAAUAGAUGGAUUUUCAUGGACUUUAGAUAUCAAAGAAAUAAAUUUUAUUUCCAAGUCAGAUGAACUUAUUAAAAGUGAAUAUUUCAGUCAACGAGAUGAUGAAUUGCUUCAAAAGAUGCCCCACUAUUACAAACGAUUGUCUAAAUUUUCUAAAAGACUCUCAAAAUCAUUUACUGUUGUUAAUGAUGUUAAUAUUUUAAAUGAAUUAUGUGGAACUAUCAUUGAGUCUCUUCAAAGUGUAAUUGUUGAUUCAGAAAAGAAAAUGAGUACUAGAUCCAAAGAGAAGAAACAAGGUUUGUUGCUCAUACAGAAGAAGAAACAAUUGCUUUCUGCAUUAUUUAAGAAUUUAAAAGCAAUCGGUCUGUCAUUUGGACAUGGAAGAAUAUUUGCUAAAAAUGUUCUGAGAGGAUCUAAUAUUCUUUUAACUGUGCCUGCAUUUGAUUGUUCGCAAAUGGAGAUAUUAAAAUUUGAUAAAAGCUUUAAGGAAUUACUUUUAAAAGCGUCACAAGAUACUAGUCAUUACUUCUACAAGAGCCUUGCCCAGUAUGCAUUGUUGCAAAAGCAUAUGGAACUACCUUGUAAAGAUCUUACUUUGGAUAUCAUAUACAGAAUUGAUGGUUAUAGUGGUAGUUUAAUGUAUUAUAUUAUUACUCAAAGGCAAGAAAUGGUUCAAAUUGCAAAGAAUAUUGACAAAAUAGGGUGCUUCCUUGGUAGUUUGUCAGCUUUACAAAAUACGGUCAUUAAAAACAGGUGUACUGUUCUUCCUCCUGAAAAUGAUGUGAUGCAUUUAGAAGAAACAUUGAAUAACUUGAAUAUUCGAAUGAUGGCCACUAUUCAACAAUUUGGAGUGCUGAUGAAUUGUGCUCCUCGAUCUUUUAAAUGCAGCUUUGGUGAAAUUCCACUUGUAGUUAAAGAUCCAAGACUCAUUGGUUCUCUGAAGAAAGGGGAUCUCAACUGGACAAAAAUGAUGACUAGUAUAGCUGAAUGCGCAAAACAACUUGAAAAGUAUUUCCAACAAUUGUUAAACUCCGAUCCAAAUUUUGUUGGGUUUGCUACUUGGGAGAGAUUUUCUCAAAUAGUAGAAAAUUUUGAAAUUUUGGCCACUUCUGUUGAUAUUGCUUUGAGUUCUAUGCAAGAGCCUCUUUUCAAUAAAAAUCAACAAAUUGUUAGUAGUCUCACCAGGCUUUACAAUGAAGUUCAUGAAGAAUUUAAGAAUGCAACUGCGCAGUAUAAUCUGAUCAACUUCGAAGCAAGAAUGAGGAGAUCUCAAAAAGAUGAUAUGAGAAAUAAGUCUGUUGGCAGUAUUAUUCAAAAACUUACUAAAGAAGUACUUUUAGCUUAUCAGGAUAUUGCUACUUUAUGUGCCACAACUGAUAUGGAUGGUUCUGAUGAUAAUAUUUGUCCUGAAAAUCUUUUGACUACAAGGAUAAUGACAUAUUUAUCAAACUUCGAAAAGUAUCUCCGUUUCAAAAAGGUUAAAAAGCUAGUACUUAAAUUAAAAAAGCAUAUCCAGCAAUAUUUGUCUUCAAUAGAUGAUCUAAAAGCUAUUGAUGAUAGCUUAAGGUUGCUUCUUAAUCUAACACCCGUUUUGAAGCAGUAUUUCCAGCUGGUCAAGGUUUUUUUCGCUACUUAUCUUGGAAUGCACAGAACAUCCUGCAAGUUCUUAACUAUUCUGUUAGAUAUAUUCGUCAUCUUAGCAUCUAAGGGAUUUUGUAUACCUCCUGAACUUCAAGAAGAAGCUCAAAAAUCUGGUGAUACUAAAUUUGAAGACAUUGAAUCUGGUGGCCUUGAUGAAGGUGAAGGUGUGAAAGAUAUUAGUGAAAACAUUGAAACGGAAGAUCAGUUGGAAGAUACCUUAAAAGAAGGCCAGGAGAAAAAGGAGAAGGAAGAAUCUGACGAUAUUAAAAAUGAAGAAAAGGGUAUUGAAAUGUCAGAAGAUUUUGAGGGUAAAAGUUACGAUCCUGAAAAUACCUUAGAUGAAUCGGAAACAAGUGAUUCUGAAGAAGAAGGUGAAGAUCUUGAUAAACAGAUGGGGGAUGUGGAGGGUGAAGAUUCAGAAAAACUUGAUGAAAAGGUGUGGGGUAGUGAUUCUGAAGAUGAAGAUCAAGAGGAGUUGAAUGAUGCAAAUGAUACAGGUGGUAUUUCUGAAAACAGACCUUCUGAACUGGUUGCCAAAGAUGGGCUUGAAAAGGAAAAUAACCGUGAUAAAAGUAAAUUGCCAGAAGAAACCUUACCUGAAGAAAACAAUGAUGAAUAUCAAGGAAAUGCUCCUGAUCCUCUAAUAGAUGCUCCUCCUGAUCAAGAGCCUGAAGUUGUUGAAUUACCAGAUGAUAUGGAAAUAACUGAUGACGUCGAUAAGGACGAUGGGGACAAUGAACCUGUUGAUUCUGAAGAAAUAACUUAUAAUCCAGAUGAAUCAUUGGACUCUGGAGAUGACUCAGAAGAAGGGAAUGAACCUGAAGAAUCCAAUGAGGAAGAUUCUGAAAAAAAUUCUAAUAAAUUAGAAGAAGAUAAUGAAGGAGAAAUGGAUACCCAAAAUGGUGCUUCAACUGAGCCUGCUUCAGAAGAAGAAAAUGAAACUGAUGAUAAAAAGAACGAAUCAAAAUUUCCCACCCAAACACCAACUGCUGAAAAAGAAGCUUUGCCAUCUGCUGAUCAGGCCAAAAGCAGCUCUCAUGAUCCUGUCCAAGAGGAUACUCCAAUGGAUUGGGAAAGCGGCGCUCACCAGGCAGAUGAACAGCAUGAAGAAGGUCAAGCUAAUGCUCAAAACGAAAAAAGUGCAGCGCAUGAAGGUGUAAAGUCUUCAUCAAAACAGUCGGCAUUUAAAGAGCAGCAACAAAAGCGAAAAUUAAAACCACCAGCUCAAAAUAGAACCCUUGAUGAUAACGCAGAUAAUUCUACUUCCAAACAACGUCCAAUAGCUGAUAAACAGAGCCUCCAGAAAUCUCUUGGUGCAGAAGAAGAUGCAGAUGAUGAUGCAGAUGUAUACGAACAUGUUUCAAAUAAAGAAGAAGGAGUUUCAGAAGCUGUGGAUGUUGCCACUGAAGAACAGGCUGCUAUGAGACCAGCUCAGAUGGAGGAUAAUGAAGAUUCAGAUAGUGAGGAUGUCAUUGAAUUAUCAAGUGAUGAGGAAGAAGAGUAUUAUGAUACAAAUGAAUCGAUUCGCACUCAGGGAGAUAUCAUUAAAAAUGAUACAAGGCAAAGACCUGGAGAGCGAGGCAAUUAUGAUGAAGAGGAAAAUGGGGAUACAAAUCCUGAAGGUGAGGUAGUCAGAACUCACACAGUCCCCCGGGGAGAGACAACUAUUCACACGCAGUAUGAUCUGUGGGCAUCCAUGUCACUCAAAAAUAUGCAGGAGCGUCGGCAAGUAAUGGAGAAAAAUUUGGAACUUUUGAGUCGAGGGAGUCAAGUGACUUUCAAAGAUGCUGUUCAUUUGUGGAAAAAUUAUGAAGAUAUGGUGUUAAAUUUAGCACAAGAACUCUGUGAGCAACUAAGACUUGUUCUAGAACCUACGAAAAUGUCAAAACUUAAAGGGGAUUAUCGAACUGGUAAACGUCUCAAUAUGCGCAAGAUUAUUCCUUACAUUGCUAGUCAUUUCCGAAAAGACAAGAUAUGGCUUAGGAGAACAAAAGCCAGUAAGCGACAGUAUCAGAUAAUUCUUGCCGUAGAUGACUCUUUAAGCAUGGCUGAUAAUCAUUCCAAGCAAUUAGCUUUUGAAUCUUUAGCUGUGCUUGGUCAAUCUCUUACACUCUUAGAAUCUGGAGAGUUGUGUAUAGUAAGCUUUGGCGAAAAAGUGGAACCUCUUCAUAAUUUCGAUGAACCGUUUGACACAAAUACAGGAGCAAGAAUAGUGCAACAACUGACAUUUUGUCAAAAAAAGACUAACUAUGCGCAGCUGCUCAAAUAUGCCAUUGAUGUCAUGGUCCAAAAUAGGAAUAUAUCUUCUUUGUUGUCUAAAGAAACUGCACAGCUUUUAGUAAUAUUAUCUGAUGGCAGAGGAGUCAACAAUGAAGGAAAAGACACAAUAGUAAGUGCAGUAAGAGAAGCUAGAGACAAUAACAUCUUUAUGGUCUUCAUUAUCAUCGAUAGUCCUAAGAGCAAGGAUUCCAUUCUGGACAUCCAAAGUACUAUAUUUGAAUCAAAGGGCAAGGUUACACUCAAGCCAUAUAUAGACGAUUUUCCUUUCCCAUUCUACAUUAUUUUGCGUGACAUUUCUGCUUUACCUACUACUUUAGGAGGAGCUCUGCGUCAGUGGUUUGAGCUAGUUACAGCAACUGAGCGAUAAAGCUCAUUUUUUUACAAUCGUGUCAAAAUGUGAACAUCAAACACUUUUUUUUGUUUUCUAAUCAUCAUUCACUGUUUUAGGUCUUUCAAUUGUGUUCCUAGUUGUAAAAUCAUUACUAUGAAAUCAACCAUUCAUUUUUCUUUUUUAAUUUUAAUAUUUGAAUGCAUGCUUAAGGAAAAAUGUUGUCUUUUCUUAAGAUAAGGCAUUUUAUUUAAGUUGGAUCUUUUUUAUGUAAAAUAACUAUUUCUACAAUUUUAAGAAUUCACAAAUUGCCCCUUAAUUGACUUUAUAAUCAACAAAUGAAGAACUAUUUGUGCUAAGAUUUUAAUGUUGUGUCCUUGUCACUGGAUCUUGUUUGUGAUCAUUAAUUAUUUUGUAUGGAAGAAUUAAAAAAAAACAUCUAUGAUUGCCAUGAAAGAUAAAAUGAUUACUGUGCAACCCCUAUUCAACUAUGUAUAAGAGAAUCAAAACAUGAACAAUGAUGUGAUUACUAUGCAAACCUUGUCCAACCAUGUUUGAGAACAAUUGUGGAAGGAAAGUGCUGAUAAACAUUACAGAUCAUUUAAGGUCUUAUAAAGAAUAAAGAGUUUGUAAGAGAAGAGAAUUGAUCACAUUGUAGCUUUGGGGGAUUUUUUUCCUUUCAAUUCAAUAUAAUUAUAGAUAAUUCUUUUCACUUUAUGUUUCAUGAGUGUAUUAAAUAACAUAAUAUUAACAAUUUAUGAUGGCCAUAUAUUUUUAAAGUAGAAAAACUAAUAUACUCAAUAUCAGUAUUAAAAUUAUUGAAAAUAUGUAUGUAUAAAAUAUAAUACAACAUAUCUCAAAUAGAAAUCUGUUCCAGUUGCCAGCAAUUUUAUUCCUUUUUUUUCCCCUCGAGAAUAGUUGGAAGGAGCUAUACAAUUAUAUUUGGUUUUAUAUGAUGUUAUAUAGGUAAUUAGGUACCUUCCCCUAAUAUUGUUUUGUAAUAUAUCUAAGGUAAAAAAAAAUAAGGCAGUCAUUUAAACUUAAAUACUAUGUCUUUUUUUUUAAUAUAUUUUUUUAAUCAUGUUCUUAAAUUUAGUAUAGAUUUUUUUAACUAUCCAACAAAAAAUGUGUCAUAAAAGAAAUAAUAUUUAAUUAAUUUGUUUAAUAAUUUAGCAUAUAUUUCUUGUAAUAUGAAUUAAUUUCUUAAAAUGUGUAAUAAAAAAAGAAAAGAAAUAUUAGAAAAUAAUGUUCUUGUGUAAUGCUGUUUGUAAUAACAUUGUAUUCUUCAUUUCUCUGAGGUUUCCACAUUUUAAAUGAAUUGCACUUAAUCUUUUAGGUUUGUAGCAUUUUCUGAAUAAAUAUAUGUGAUCUUUGAUGGAGCGAAACUUCAUAAUAUUCAAUGGUGGUACUAGUCUUAGAUUUUCUAUAGUAGUGUUUCCCUUGUGUUUCUUUCUCUCUCCCCUUCCUCACUCAACUGAAUAUUUACUCUGAUCUGUUAUUAGAAAGAAAAAAAAGUCCUUGUUUUAGUAGUCAUGAAAUUACUUAGAUCAAUAGUACAGUGGUUUAUACAGUUUUUAUAUAAAAAAUAAAUUUUGUCGUGCUCAGUAUUAAAUCAAAUGUUAGUAUUUAUAUAUUUUAGUUUUGUUCUAUAAAAAUUAUAUUUUAAUGGCUUUUUCUGAAUGCGGUAAUUUUUUUUCAACCUUAAAUAUUCUUAUAAUUUUUUAAAAAUGGUUUUGCAGAUUAAACUUAUGCAAGUGCUCUGUUAAAACAGUGAAAUUUCUCAAUUUUGAUUGUUGCAUGACUGUUAAUCUUUACUGUUUUUGUGCUUUUUUAAUUGGGAUAUAAAGCAAUGGCUGUUUUUUUUAGUGCCACUUGGAUGUCCUUAUUUUUAUGGAAGUGUAUUUUUAACAGUAACUUGUGAAUGAAUAUGUACAUUUGACUCAGUUGCUCG